GCCUCCUUCUUUUCGCCAGCUUGAAGAACAGGCACAAGCAGCAUUGCUCAGCAGACGCCUCACCAUUCGAGCUCUUCAAUUGCGGGCCAUUUGUGGCCUUCACACACCGCAGCUGCCGAUUUAUCGCUUGAUUUAUCGAACCAUGGUGUCUAUGGACGCUUCGGGGGAAGGGCACAGCUCGGCCAGCGCACCACCAGCAGGCCCUUCACCAUCACCAUCGUCAGCAGCAGCUGAUUCCACACCAUUGUUCAUCGACGGCCGGAGGGUGCCGCGGAGGAAGCCAGAGCCGCCCGAGAAGCCUGAUCCCGAUGACUGCUGCGGCUCGGGGUGCUCGCCUUGCAUAUUCGGUACGGAAAAUGAUGAAGAAAUGACACACACGCUCACAGGCAUCCCUCUGAAUCUUCCUUUGCUUUGACCAACCGUGGUCAUGGUCAGACAUCUACUACACCGAGCUGGAGGACUACGAGAAGGACCUGGCUGUGUGGGAAGAGGCGGAGCGGCGGAGGCGAGAAGCUGACAGCAGAAAUUACACCGACAAGGACGCUCCUGCGGCGAACGUGGCUGCGCAUGAGGAGGGGACGCCUGGUGGUAGUGGUAGUGUUGGCGUCGGUAUUGUUGAGACCAAGACCGGCCUCCUGGCUGCCAAUGCAGCAAAUGCAGCAAGGGCGAAGGAAGGGGCAGGGGGAUGGCCCAGCUGGUGAGGCUGACUGCAUUGCAUGUGGAUCUGUUUCUGUCACCUGACCUGCGCGGCGUUGACGGAUUUUCCAACGCUCCUGCAGCGAGAGGGAAUGCGUGUGAGGGGCGGUGUGUAUAGCUCAGCUGGGUGUGGUCUAUGGGGCUCGUGCGCGUGUUUGUGUGGUAUCGGCUCCUCUGCCAAGCAGACAAGAUUUG